AUGUCCGACGCCCCCGCCGCCCCUGUCACCGAGAACGGCGCGCUUCCGGCUACGCAGGACAAGGUCGUUGAAGAGACCCCCGGCUUCAAAGUUUUUGCCGGUAAUCUUGCGUAUUCCACAACGGAUGAAGGGCUGAAGGCAUUCUUUGCUCCCGUCCAGAGCGACAUGUAUGUGACGACCUGCACCAAUUAA